AAAAGAUUUUAUCUCAUAAAAACAAGAUAUAUCUUCUAUCUCUCUCUCUGGCUGUCCGAAUCCGACAGGUAAGACUGUUGUAAGAAAGAGAGAGAGAAGAACGAUCCAAGACAUGGAUCAUGAUCCUUCAAACGCGAAACCAAACCAACACCCACCUCUAACCAACCCAUCUCCGACGUCGUUUCGAGGCCCCAACCAUAGGCGAGCCCACUCCGAGGAUCAAUUCCGUCUCCCUGAAGAUCUAGACUUUUCCGAAACCUUCAGCGGGUUCUACGAUCUUGGAUCCGAAGAUGACCUCUUCUGCUCCUACAUGGACGUUGAAAAUCUCGGAUCCGGACUCGGACCCGGUAAUGAUAACCCGUUUCCCGCUGAGAAUGGAGGUGGUGGAGGGAGAGAGGAGGAAGGUGGGAGGGAGAGACCUAGACAUAGGCAUAGUGUCUCAGUUGAUGGGUCUUCGAGUUUGGAGUCGAUAGAGGCUAGGAAAGCUAUGACUCCUGAGCAACUCGCUGAGCUUUGGGUUGUUGAUCCCAAGAGAGCUAAAAGGAUAAUGUCUAACCGACAAUCUGCAGCUCGUUCAAAAGAGAGAAAGACUCGGUACAUAAUGCAGCUCGAGAAGAGAGUCCAGGCCUUGCAAGCUGAAUAUGCUACCCGUUCUGCAUACCUGUCUUUGAUCAAUGGAGACAUAGAUGGGUUGUUAUCUGAGAACACAAAGCUCAAGCUUCAAAUACAGAUGGUGGAACAAAAAGCCAAGUUGCAUGAUGCGCUGAACGACAAAAUGAAAAGGGAGUCCGAGAUGAUGAGGUUCGCAGCAGCGGGACAAGUCUCACACUCUGAUGCUUAUAACCUCCAAAUGGCUCGCAUGCAAUACUCUCAACAGCAAGCAUUCUUUCAGCAACAAGCUGAUGCUCAGAACAUGCAACAAAUGACUCCUCAGUUUCAUCACUUCCAGCCAAACAACAACCAAAACCCUCCGCUUAUGCAUCAUGCUACUUCCAACGCCUCUGGUCAAUCUCAUUCCUAUGCGGAGGAAGACCAUCUUGGCAGCUUACAGGGGCUUGACAUUGGCAAUGGCUCAAACUUUGGUAGGUCUAGUGAAAGCAGCAGCAGCACCAAGUGAGAGAGAGGCUGCCUUUUCUCGAUAAACCUUUUCUUUUUCUUCUCUAUUGAUACCUCAUUUUAGCUAAACAAAAACUUACAUCUCUGUCUUAUACAUUCAUUAUUCUGUGAAACUGGUUUCUCUUUUUGGGGGCGUUUUGGGGUUUCAACUUGUCUCAUUACUCUGUUUCCUGGUUCAUGGGGGAGCUACCAAAGCCUUAUGCUCUUUUGCAACUGCACCCAUCCUUGAAAAAUGGUGGUUGUGUUUGGAUUUGGCUUUUGCCUUAAACCUGAAAAGAAAUUGUUUUUAUUUUACAUCACUUCUUCUCU